AUGACUAACAUGGCUUUUGUUUCAACGAAAAUGUUGUUUGCUUUAACGAUCUUGAUUUACUUUGGUGGAAAUCUGAUCAAUUGCAAUGAAGAUAUUCCCAUUUGUGACAAGCAAUUAAAACAACUGAAAGAAGACGUGAAAGACUGGGAAAAGAGAUGUGUGAAACAAAGACUGCAAAACUUGGAUGAAAUUGAACGAUAUUUCACUGAAAGUCAACGAUCUGACAAUGAAACUCAACGAUAUUUCAAUGAACGUCGACGUGAGAAUAAUUCCCCUGGUUGCACGGCAGAAAAGGAAUAUCUCCAGGAGAGAAUGCGUAUGCACUCAGAGAUGUGCUUCUAUGACGGACCUUAUCCUGAGCAAUAUAUGUUUUUGGCGAACAACACUGCAAUCUUGGCUGUCGAUUUAACGACGCUGGAUGCAACAGUCGUCGUAGAUGGAAAAGGAUAUAUGCGGACGCUGGACAUUGACAUGACGAAUAAGAAAAUAUAUUUUGCAGAAUACGAGAAAGAGAUUCGUCGGGCAAAUUAUGAUGGAACUUAUGAAGAGAUCGUUGUGAAGGAUGCUAAGACAUGGGCAUUAACAAUUGAUUGGAUAGGACGUCGUAUAUUCUGGAGUGAUUACUGGAAGCAUAUCAUUAACGUGGCGACUUUAGACGGUAAAGACAGCAGAACGCUGAUUAAAACUCUCGAGCCUCGAGAUAUAGCAAUUGACCCCAUCGAAGGAUAUUUAUUUUGGACUGAGUAUGAUGGAGGAAAGGUGAUGCGAAGCCACUUGGCUACUAAAAAGGAAAAACAAAUACAUGGUUUCAACAGAAAUGGUUUUUACUAUGUGACUCUGGAUUACAACAGGAAGCGAGUGUACGCGUACGAGGGUUGGGGAACAGUUAAUGUCAUAAUUGAAAUGGAUUACGAUGGCCGUAACAGCAAUCAAACAACUAAUUAUAGUUCAGCUGAUCGUCGGAGAUGGAUGUCAGUGGACGGUGUUGGAGAUUUUCUUUACUGGAAAGAAAGAAGUUCACCCAUUGUCAUAAAAAUGAAUGUAACCAGCAGAAAUAUAUCUCGUUAUAUUCCGUUACCAAAAGGCUUCGACGUGAGAAAGCGUCUCGUCGUAGACAAAGAUCGACAGCCUGAAGGUAAGUUCGUACAUUCUGGUAAAUGUUAG